AUGUCUAUCAACGUUGGAACCUCUGUCUACCACCACGUCGCUGCCAUCUACCAGCGAGACAGCACUGGCAACCUCCUCGGCGCCGAUGGCCGAUAUGCCAAUCAGAUCAGGUCCCUUUGGGGCGAGAUUCACCAGACCAUCUUGGAUCAAGACCCAUGUGAGGUGUCUAGGCUCCAAUCUGGAAGGACUAUCAGAACCACCCAAAUCACACUCCCCUUGACUUCUUCAGAAGGGCAGACGGUCCUAAUCCAUGAACUCCAAGAAAUCGACGCCUCUACGAUCCGUGGUCUCCUGACCUUUACACCUUCUUCCUCUCUAUCAUCCAACUUCUUUGCCUGGGCACGAACAUAUCUCCUCCUCAACUCGCGUCUCCUUACCACAUCACCAUCCAACGCUGGGCCGAAGAAUCCAGCACACCUAAGGUUAGCCGAGGAGAUCACGACGCUCUUUGAAACAACUCUCAAGAAUACGAGCCAUGACGACCGCUGGGACCUUACUGGCCGAGAGUACUUCAUUGACCGGGUCUACUUGUUUAUCAAAGACAACAAAAAAAUCGAGUUCUGUCUCCCUGCCUUUCCCUGCAAAUCAUCAAACCCAGAUAAGGUAGCAGGAGUUGUACCUGAUGCAGCAGAGUACCUUGCAUUGGAACACUUGAAUGAUUUCGUGCAGAAGGUUGGUUCGAUUUACGAGCCCGGUGCGACCCUGUGGGUUAUCAGUGAUGGACAUGUUUUCUCUGACUGCAUUGGUGUGGACGAUGCCCUCGUUGACUCAUACGGAGCCAUUCUUGCCUCCCAGUAUAAGGCAACCACAAAGAACCAACCAUCCAACUCUAACAUACAAUUCACCGGCCUCGAAGACCUUUUCUUCUCAUCUCCAGAGUCAACAUCUUCCUUCUCAACAAACAUGCUCGACAGCAUAAGCAUUCCGCAGCCAAUUGAAACGGUCCUCACUGAAAGCGCCCAGAAAUGCAGGCUCCUUCUCGACACAGUUGGCGGUAUUGACCGCAAGCAUCUGAGGGGCCUCAUUGACCGCAAACACUCUGAGACGUUGGCGCUGUAUCAGGGUCAGUCCCGGUUCAUGCUGGAGGAUCUAGGCGCGUAUCUCUCUGAGCGCAAUAUCGGCUCCAAGGCCAGGAAGAGGAUCGCGUCUAAGGUUGCGGAGGAGAUGAUUGCGCGAAACCAUGCAUACUCAAACCUUGUCGAGCUUCUCUUCCCUCAUCAUGUCCGUCUUAGUAUUCAUGCACACACAAAUGCCGGACCCAAAUUUGGCAUCCGCCUCUUCCCCCGCGGGGCUGUGCGUGCGGCACCAACCGCACAGGCUAUUCUCUCUAUUUCUCAGUCCAAGUCCGAGUCCGAGUCUGGGGCGAUCACCAACCCCCUCUACGAGUUCCAGAUCCCUACGCCCUGGCAUAACUGUCUUGUUCGUGUAGAGGGGUUAGAGGGCAUGCUUCUUACAAGAUCAGGAAUUAUUCGCGAUGCGAUUAGCAAAGGCUUGUUCGAGGGCGGCUGGUGUCAGCGCGAGGGAGGUCCGGGCGGAUACUUUGUUAUUCGCAAGGUUAAGCAGGAGGCCGCGCCUGCGACUGCAAUGGAGGAAGUCCACCUCAGCACAACGCAGGGUGAUACGAGGACCCAGACGGAGACGAAGAUCGAGCCGAGAAACAUGGAACCCAUGUAUCUGUUAGCAGACAAGAGCCCGCUGAGGAUGUUGGGCGUCUUUGUCUGGGAUCAGCUCAUAGGCUUCUGGACUACGAUUCGAUCAGUUGUUGGGACGAGCAGAUGCUGUUGUCGUACGGAGACCACCUUUUUUCAGGAUGACAGCCCGAAUAAAGGAAGUAAAGGCACUAAUAGGAGUACGAAUGAGAAGCAAGCAAAAAAGGAUAUCACACCAGUGUAUGUUAUUGCAGAUUUGUCUCCACGUUUCACCAAAACCUCCUCAAGCACACAGACUUUGACGACUGACAACGCUCAUGCUCAGGUCUCUCAGACCACGGAAUGA